GAUUCAGACCUUCACAACUGUAAGAAAUAGUGUAAUACACUGGCAAAUCGGAAGUAUUUUAGCAUUUGUCUGUUAAAAAAAAGUAAUUAUAAAAUCUUUUUCUUCAUCAUAACUUAUUUGAGGCUUAAUUAUAAUCGAUCUUCUAUUCCUAAUAGCGAAUAUUGUUAAACUAGAUUCUAAAACAUUAUUAUCAAAAUAUGAGAUUUUUAUAAACUUAAAAAAUUUGAUUUAUUGAAUGUAAUACAAAAUUUUCAAAACAUUUCUACAAGGAAAGAAACGAAGAAAAUAUCCUGAUGGAGGUUGUGGAAAAAACUCACGCAUUAUUAAGUAAUCAUGAAGUAUUAAGUCAUCUUCGAGACAUUCAAAAUGGCACAAAUGACCAAAGAAAACCUGGUAGAAAUCAACAAAAUCUAGCAACAGUUUGUUAUUCAACAGUCAAAUUUUUGGAACAAACUCCAGCCGUAUCUCAGUCAGUGGAAAUUAUAGAAAACUUUAUGCAGAAAAUAGAACCCUUCAACCUUACUAAAGCAGAGAAACUUCAAAUUCUUAAUCUUAGACCAACCACGCAAGUCGAAAUUCAGCUUCUAGUCGAAGAAUGCGAAGAAAGACUAAGUGAGGAUGAUAUUGAGAAACUAUUACAAAUUGUUCAAACUUGCCUUACAACAAAUGAUCAAGAGUCCAGUUAA